GGAGCUCUGAGCCUGGCUCUCUCGAGACGCUAAACAUGGGACUGGGCUAUAACGGGUAAUGGUGGAGACGAGCGCGUGCACGCGCGUGCGAGGAACAGCGCUACUGAGUGAAGGAGAGAGGGAGAAGAAGCAGCAGCAGCAGUAGCAGCAGCGGUCAUGGCGGAAUUCCUUAGCGAUCCGUCUGUUCUGACUAAAGACAAGCUGAAAAGCGCACUCGUGGCCAACAACGUGGCGUUACCGAACGGAGACCAGCGGAAAGGAGUGUAUGUGGAGCUGUAUCUGAAAAACCUGACUUCACAGAACAAGAAGAGCGGCUCCGGGGAGGCUUUCUCCAGCGACGAAGAGCCUCCAGCCCCCGCCGCCUCCAUUACAGCUCGCUCCGGCAGGAAAGCCACAAAGAAAACAGACAGAGUUCGUCCCGAGGAGAUCGAUGUGACCGAACUGACCAAUGAGGAUCUGAAGGACCAGCUGCUGAAGUACGGAGUCAAUGCCGGACCCAUCGUAGCAUCCACUCGUAAAGUGUACGAGAAGAAGUUACAGAAGUUACUGGACCAGGGUCCUCCUCAGACCACGGUCAUCUCCGUCGCAGAAACAGUUUCAACCCACAACAGCCGUAAUGGGAACGUGGAUUCUGAUCAGUACAGUGACAAAGAGGAAGAAACAUCAGCAACAGUUCAGGAACCAGAGCUGGAACUGGAACUGGAGCCUGUACCUGUGGUGGAGAGGCCUUUGAGGAGUCGAGGAAAAACUCCAGUAACCACCAGAACUCGAAGCAGCCAAAACAAGAAGGAAGAAGACGAUGAGUCUGAGGAAGAAGACUUUCAGGUGGUGAAUGUAGAGAGAAAGUCGAGGAGGUCUUGUCGCCAUCUGGAUCAUGCUGUUCCUGACCCUGUUUCGAUAUCCGAGAUGCUUCCAGUUCCUCGAGAGAGAGAAAAAUUAUCGGCGUUACCUAUAGACCCAGAGCCGCUGCUCGCUGACAAGCUGCCAGUAUUCCCAGAGUCUCCUGAACUGUGUAUGGCUUCAGCCCACACCUCUUUGGAUGAUCACGAAAAAGCUUUUCCCUCUGCCAAGUUUUCUAAAAAGCCUUGCCUUCCUGUGAAAUCAGUGGAACCGCAUCAUAAACAAUCACCUUCCUGGCAGCGAGACAAAAAGUUUAGUGCAAGAGCUUCUGCUUUACCCAAAGCAUCCGGUGAGGAAAUACUCCUUAAUACCGCUCUCCUCGAGGAGCGUAAAUACGUCUCACCGCACAGUCGCACAAAGCAGCCAAGUUCACCUUGUUUAGCUUCAGCUCAUCCAUCCAGUGAUCUGAUCCACAUGAUGUGCCGUCUUUCACCUUCUCGAAGCAAAGAUUCCCCCUGUUCUCUCAACCUAAGGGAUUCACCUCGACGUCUGACUCAUGAUCUUCCCAUCACUGAGAGCUCAUCUGAUCUGAAGGAGCAAUCUGGUGGUUCUGCAGCAGUGCAGAGCAGAAUUGAUGGGUUCUUCUGUCCAGUUACCCCAAUUAGGGGGCAGGAUGGCAGCCUCAGAGAUCAGACACCAGGAGAUUGGAUUGAGAAGUUAUCAGCUGUUGAGCAGACCCCAAAAACAGCAGAGAAGGACGUCCUGAAGGAAUUGUUCCCUAACGAGGUCCUCAACACGCCAACAGGAAUCAGCGCCACUUGUCGGAGACCGAUUAAAGGAGCAGCAAGUCGACCCUACAGCGACACCUUGCAGGAAGGCCUGCGUCCCCGUCUCACCGAACACAGAUACACCUCUUCAUCUUUCACAGAGACCCGAUCCGUCCCUCAUGUCAGAGCAGUCAGCGCUGUCCCCCGCGUCAGCGCCGUCCCUCUGUCCGUCUCCAAACCCACAGUGCCCCUGAGUGUCCAGACCAAAGCGAGGCGUAGACUGCCUGUAUGGGUGCAGCUGCUGCUCCUCGUGGCUGUCUCCGGCUUUCUAUUGUUUGUCUACCAGGCCAUGGAGAGCAACCAGUUAAAUCCGUUUGGGCAGCCGGGCGACAGCGGCGUGGUCGGGAAGGCCAGGAAAUAACACGCGUAUAGACCACCGGUGUUUAAAGACUUCUCUCUUUCCUGUACAUCGUUUUUCUAACUCACCCAUGUACACAGAACCAUCUAUAAACAAGAUUGCCAGACCCUGAGUGUUUUCGAGGGGCUCUUUGUGGUGCUAGGUUUGUAAGAAGCUUCUGUAUGAACGCUAGAAUCAAGGACAAGCCAAAGGAGUAACGUGUCUAUGUAUUUUCAUGUUGUACGAAUGUCAUAAUGAAUCUGAUUUCCGUGUUUAUUAAGUCACAUGACAGCCUUAAACUGAACUCGGGAUGCGCUUUGAUUGAAAUCGCCUUGCUGAGGUUAUAAAGAACGAGCGUAGCAGUGCACGAACACACGCACACCUGUAUUUAAUCCACGCAGAGGUUAACAGAGCUGAGUAACAUAUUCCGUAGCACUCCUGAUUGGUUGAUGCUAACUAGGAUACUCAUUCUGGUGUCUUCAAGUACCGAUUAAACACUUUGCUCAUACUUGUUCUGAAAAACUUUAGUACCGUCUUUAGUGCAUUCCUAAACCUGAACUCGUCUCUUCACUAACUCAUAGUUACACAUGGUAUUAUUGUUUUGAGUCUUAUGUUUAUAAAUUAUUUUUGAAAUUCAAUAAGAUGUCGCCGGCCACUUUAUUAGGAACAUGCUUUUUCAUGUCAGGUAUGUCACAGCAGUGAAGCGCAUAGUCGCCAAGAUCACGUCAUGUUGAGAUGCUUUGUUGCUCAUUACAAUCAUAAAGAGCAGUUAUUCAACUUACAUUAUCCAUCCUGUCAGUUCGGACCUGUCUGACUCUCCUCUCAUAAUUUUCACAAUGUAAAAAUUUGAGACGUGAAAAUCCCAGAUUUUCUAAAAUGCCACUCAUCAUUCUUGUUUUUGGUUUAUUUUCUUUCAUGUUUGGUUUAAUCUGAACAUUAACCAGCAUGUUUGACACCUGAUCAGGUGUGUUUCUAAUAAAGUGGACGAUGAUGUAUGUCGCCACUCACUUUUGAUUAUAUGCAUAAUAUUUGUAUGAACCCUUAGAAAUUCUAAACAGCACAAAAAAUUCUCUUUUUUCCACUUUGACAUUUAUAAUCAAUGUAUCCUUAAAAAAAUGUGGUUUAAUAAUAAUAUGCAUUUUAAGAACUUUAUUAAAAAUCGGAUUAUAUUCUAGCACAAAAACCACCAGACAUGACGAAAGCUCAGCGUUUUGUUUCGCCUUCAUUGUUUCCUCGCAUUUAUUAGUAUAUUUACUCCUCCUUAUCAUAUUUAUUGAUAUGUUUAUUUGGGAGAACAGAGCGUGAAUCACGACUGAGAUUGAGACUGGUUCUGAUUCAGGAACUGUGGGAAUUUUUUUUAUACUGUAGACGGCAUUGUGUGAUUUGUAGAAAUGAAAUAAAAAAUUAUCUUCAUAUCAAA